GGCGGUGCGGCCCGGCCCCGGACGCGCUGCGGAAGAGGGAAGCGGCGGGGCGGCUGUUGCGGCUGGGGCUGAGAGCGGCAUGGCAGCGCACGGCUCUGCGGGGGACGCGGCGCUGAGGCGCGAGGCAGAGCAGUGGCUGCAGUGGGACAAGAAUCCCAAAACUUCUGCAAUAGUGAAGGAAGUACUUGCUGGAGGAAAUGUGGGAGAACUACAGAAAUACUUUGGCUCCCGAAUGGAAUUUGGCACAGCUGGGCUCCGGGCUGCCAUGGGAGCAGGAAUUUCUCACAUGAAUGACUUGACUAUUAUCCAGACAACUCAGGGAUUUUGCAGAUACCUUGAGAAGAAUUUCAGUGACCUGAAAAAGAGAGGAGUUGUGAUCGGAUUUGAUGCUCGUGCCCACCUUUCAAGUGGAGGUAGUAGCAAAAGGUUUGCAAGACUUGCUGCUAAUACGUUCAUCAGUCAGGGAGUUCCAGUUUAUCUCUUCUCUGACAUAACACCAACACCUUUUGUGCCAUAUACGGUAACUCAUCUGAAGCUUUGUGCUGGAAUUAUGGUGACAGCUUCUCAUAAUCCAAAGCAAGAUAAUGGUUACAAGGUUUACUGGGAAAAUGGUGCUCAGAUAAUUUCCCAUCAUGACAAAGGAAUUUCUCAAGCUAUUGAGGAGAAUAAGGAGCCAUGGCCUCAGGCUUGGGAUGAUAAACAAAUUGACAGCAGUGUGCUACUUCAUGACCCGUAUGCCACUAUCAAUAAGGAAUAUUUCAAAGACAUACAGAAACAGUGCUUUCAUAGGAAUAUAAACAAGGAAACAAACCUGAAAUUUGUUCAUACUUCUGUGCAUGGUGUAGGUCAUAAAUUUGUGCAGCUGGCCUUCAAGGCAUUUGAUCUUAGACCUCCUUUUGCUGUUCCGGAGCAGAAGGAUCCUGAUCCAGAAUUUCCCACGGUGAAGUAUCCAAAUCCUGAAGAAGGCAAAGGUGUUCUGACCUUGUCUUUUGCUUUGGCUGAAAAAGAUGGGGCAAAAAUCAUUUUAGCAAAUGAUCCAGAUGCUGAUCGACUUGCAGUGGCAGAGAAACAAGAAAGUGGUGAAUGGAAGGUGUUUUCUGGAAAUGAGCUGGGAGCUCUGUUAGGUUGGUGGAUCUUCACUUGCUGGAAAAAUCAAAAUAGGGAUGCUCGUUCCAUUAAAGACGUCUACAUGUUAUCAAGCACAGUUUCUUCCAAAAUCCUGAGAGCAAUUGCACUAAAGGAAGGUUUUCAUUUUGAGGAGACGCUGACAGGUUUUAAGUGGAUGGGUAACCGUGCCAAGCAGCUCAUGGAUCAAGGAAAAGCUGUUCUUUUUGCAUUUGAAGAGGCCAUUGGGUAUAUGUGCUGCCCCGCUGUUCUGGACAAAGAUGGUGUCAGUGCUGCUGUUAUAACUGCAGAGAUGGCUAGCUUUUUGGCAACCAGGAAUUUGUCAUUGUCUCAGCAGCUGAAGGCUGUCUAUGAUGAAUAUGGCUUCCAUAUUACCAAAGCUUCAUAUUUCAUCUGCCAUGAUCCUAAAGUGAUUCAGCAGCUUUUUGACAACCUUAGGAAUUAUGAUGGAAAAGACACAUAUCCAAAAUCUUGUGGUAGAUUUAAAGUUUCUGGAAUAAGAGAUCUAACUACUGGGUACGACAGCAGCCAGCCUGAUCAAAAAGCAAUACUUCCUACAAGUAAAAGUAGUCAAAUGAUUACAUUCACUUUUGCUAAUGGAGGAGUGGCCACAAUGCGAACCAGUGGAACAGAACCAAAAAUCAAAUACUAUUCGGAACUUUGUGCACCUCCUGGAAACAGUGACAUUGAGCAGCUGAAGAAAGAACUGGAUGAACUGGUCAACGCUCUUGAAAAACAUUUCUUUCAACCAGAGAAAAACAAUCUUCAACGAAAGACUGAGUAAAAUAGCACAAUUACUACCUUCAUUGUAUUUGGUAUUUUCACAGCAUUAAAAAUGCAUUAUUUAACAAGUAAGGAUUUUUAGGACCAAACAUCUGAGAACUCAGACUAAAAAAAGACUUCUGCUUUUAUUAAGAUUCAUUCUACACACUGUUGAAAUUAGUAUCUUGUUUUGAAAGGGAAGCAUGUCUACCCUUGAAGGACCAAAAAAAUCAGAGUCAGCUUAUACACCUAAAGUUGUCUGCAAAUGUAUUUCAAUCAAAACUUGUUUAAUUAAAUACUCUAAGUAAUAUCCUGAUUUCUGAAAUGCAGCCUGUUUGGGGGAAACCUAUCUUUUGUCUGUGGGUGAUCUGAUAAUACGAAACUCUAGCUAGGUUUCGAUUUGCAAAGCAAGUGCUGCUGUUAAUAAGAGCUAAAAGCCUGUAGUGAAACUGUGACGGACUUAGAUUCAGUGUUUCAGAAUGUAGUGGUCUUUUGGCAGGGGACUUUGGCCCAAAUAAACAAGGAAGUCACAGUACAUUUUCUGGAGGGUCUCUGCUGUGGGAUAGGACUACAUAGCAAACUCCAAGUUGGAGAUGCUAAGUAUGCCAAACUCUUAUUUCUUAGAAGUGUGAAACAUGCCUUUCAGUACCGUGAACAUGCUGGGACAGAGUGCAUCUAUAUACGCCUUUCUGUUGCCUUGUUGAUCUGAGCAUGAUUAGGUCAGUACCUAGCCCAUGGAUCCUGUCAUGCUGUAUGCUACAAGAUUUUGCUGCAUAACUCUGUAUGUUGAAUUUAGAGCAGAAAUUUCCAUUUCAUUGUGUGCGGUCAUCUGUACUUGCAGAGUCUGAGAGGGUUGCGUAGUGGUUACCAAUUGACUUUGCUAUACGUUAUUUAUUUAUUUUUGUUCUGCACUGAGUAUCAGUGUGUAGCUCCAGCAGCCCAGGUACGUCUUGGGUACAGAAACCUCCACACCAUAACUCCUGGUAUACCAUGAUGGUGCUUAGUUGCUAGGUCAAGCAUAGAUUAAAUUUAGCAAAUUAUUCAUCAGAAUUCCAUGUAAUACUGGGUUACCUUGCUAGCUAAGAUGCAAAGGAAAGAAUUUUUGAUACCUGCUUUGGUCUUACAAACUUUAGAGUUCUAAUUGGAAGAUACAAGGAAGGAUUAAGCCCUGCAUUCUUUGGCUGAUGCUUCAGUUUUUCUUGGCUAAACAGUCAAAGCCAGUAUCUGCACUGUUCAUACUGAGGUCUAUCUGCAUGGUACAGAAAAUUAAUGUCUUAUUUAAACUGAUAAGAAUAUUAAGGAAAGGGCUUGUACUGUUCAUUGAAACCUAGUGUUAGGGAAGUGGAAGGACAGAUACUGGGAUGAAACUUGAAUUUUGCUCUUGGUAGGAUUUAACAUGUGGCACAUGACUUAACCAUAGGCUGUCUUACAAAACACAGUUUCUUGCAUGGUACUUCACCAUGAGCUUCAUUAAAAACCAAUGCCUGUGCACAAGCUGGUUAGGUGAUGUUGGUCAGUGCUUCUAAGAGCAGCUUGGUUGGGGAAUGCAGACACAGCAUGAUCACUGUGAGCUGAGGCUGAGAGAUGCUAUGGAGAUCCAGAUGGCCUGGUGUGUUGUUCAGCUUCCUGCGAUAUGCUGGGCUUCUCCUGGGCUGGUGCUGUUACCUGUGGAUGAUCUACAUGGGCCAGAUUCUAGCUGCAGGCAUUAAUUACUUCUGUCCUGCUGGGAAUCAUUACAUCAGAGAACAUCAGAGCAGAGGCACUGAUGUUUUAUCCAGAAAUGGCAAUUGUCAGGACAAGAAUAAAGAAAGCUUGGAGCCUGGACUGAACCCAAGAGGCAGGGAAUUCCUGGCUACUACCAGAGAGAUGCAUCCCUAAAUUGAGGAAAUAUGAAGAACGAGACUGGUCUUUACAAUAGGCUAACAUUUGUAAUUCCAACACAACUCAACAGCAGCUGUAAACAUUUGAUCCAAGAGGAAAUUGGGAUUGUGAGGCUGGGAAGAAAAUGCCUUGAAAUUAAGGAGUACAAUACUUUAAUCUCUGCCAUAAAAGUAAAAGCCUAACAAUGCUGUUAGACUGAUGAAUUUCGCUUUAAUGACUUUAAUGUUAUUAGUUUGUUUAGUAGUCACAACUUAACACUAUCCUUGAAUUUAGUUUCAUUUUUCUUUCAAUAAGCAGUUUGGCCAGAAGGAAAUGUAUUGAUUUCAUCCUUCAUACAGGCUGUGAACUUUGUCCACGGCAGAUUGUGAAGCAUACAAGUAUUGUACUUGAAUUGCAAAAACAAAACAAAACCUCAUAUAGGGACAACUGGAAUGAUCUAUUAAGUCAUUGAACAUAUAAGCAAUUUCUUCAUAUUCUACUAGUAUGCUUAAAUCUGUAACUAAUUCACUUAGAGAACUGGAGGUAAUCUUCAUUGAACUAAGUAGUCACUUUC